AUGGCAGCGGCAAUCGCGGCUGCAGUUCGCCGCCGCGAUGCGGUCGCGGCAGCGGAGAACGAUUCGCCCAAGUCGUUCAAGUCGGAGAUCUCCUUGCCAAGAUCCCCGACCCUCAAGAAGUCGCGAUCCCAGGCAGCGCUGGACCUUCCACCGCCUGGCACCGGCUUCUGGAGAUACCAGCGGUCAUCUGCCGUGGCGUACACUGGCAUGCGAGUCCAGCUAUCCGUAGCAGCGCUUAUUGCUGGGAACUUUCUCAUGAAUGUCAUCGAGAAAUGGAUAGACCCCGAUGGCGACAUUUAUCCGGACAUCUGGGUGGGCGCCGACAUCUUUUUCAACGUGAGCUUUGCCAUCGAGCUCGUUUGGAACAUGUACUCUUUCUGGCUGUGUCGCUUCUGGAAGUCAGCCUGGAAUGUCUUUGACGUGAUCGUUGUGACCAUCGGACUGAUGAACUUGGCGGUCUCGGACCUGCCUGGGCCUCUAAGCCUGCUCCGCAUGAUGCGGGCCUUCAGAGUCUUCCGGCUCUUCAAGCGCGUGGAGUCGCUGCACAAGAUCAUGAAGUCCCUUUCGAAGGCUGUGCCUGGAGUCUCCAAUGCGUGCUUAAUCCUCCUCCUCGUGAUGUCCAUCUAUGCGAUAUUAGGUGUGGAGUUCUUUGGGACCUUUGCCAACGGUGGCAACUACACCAACGAGUUGGGGCAGGUUGUGGAAAUCAUCACCGCCAGGGAGUUGCCGUUUGGGGACGAGAACUUCGGUAACUUCCACCGAUCCCUCUAUACCAUGUUCCAGGUCUUGACAGGCGAAUCGUGGUCGGAGGUGGUCACGAGGCCCAUGCUGCACACCACCGACUUCACGCAGGCCGCGGGCACUUCCUUGUUCUUCGUCUCCUUCUAUCUGGUGAAUGGUGUGGUGCUCAUCAACGUUGUGAUCGCAGUGUUGCUGGAGAAAAUGGUGGACGACGAGAAGCACGAGCCAAGCGAAGAGCCGGAGGCAUCUGCAACGGUUUCUGAAGCCGAGACAGAGAACAGGUUUCACGUGAGCCUUCAAAGUGCGCAUGUGGAUCCCCUCCAGGCCAAGAAGCCGUCUCAGCUGCUGGUGCCAGCCGCGAUGAAGCCGAAAGCCGUGAACGGAGCCAGCAUUCAGCAUGUGGUGAAUGGAGGCGCGAAGCAGCCGUUUCACUGCGAAGCCUUGGUGGCUCUAGGAACCGCUACGCUACACGUGAGAGGGCAUUGGCAAGCAUGCUCCCUUCUACCGUACCAGCAGAUUCUGGACUGGACGGUGGCUUCUGCUAGUAAAGCGACACCUAAAGAAGGUAUUCCCUGCGCGUCUGACCCCCCACUCAAUGUGUCAGGUGCAGAGCUGCCGAAAGUGACCGGAAAGGUCCCAACCUGA